UAGAAAACACACACGCACACAUUGAUCGUCCAUCGCCCGCAAAAUGACCGUUUCCCGAAACGAACGAGAACGAUCGCAAUAGUAACAAUAGUAGUGAUUGUGAGUGAUUGACGUAGCGCUACUCGCAACGUUUGUUGUUGACGGUUGUUUCGUGUUUCUUGUCGUACACGUCUCUUUCGCAGAAAAAACAUACCGCGAACAUUCGGUUUGCCAGACGAAAGAAAGAGAAAGAAAUAUAGCUUCGACAGUUUAUAUCUGAUUGCGAACGACACAAUAUCGGCACCGUUCCUCGAUGCUCGUUCAUCGAUAAACGACGUCUCGACACGGUGACGAUAUCCGUUUAUUCGACAGUUUUGAAUAAUCUCGAGGGAGAAUAAACCGAAAUCAUUACACCCGCAACAAAGUGCGUAGUUUGCUGAAUUGCGUACAUCUCGUCAAACUCUGGAAAAGGAAGAGAGGAACGCUACAUUCUUUCGGUCACACUCCGCGCUUGCCAAUCGGUUACCGAAAGAUGCACAUCACCUGUAAAUGUUUGAACGUGUCUAUCGAGUCCAGGAGCACCGAGUUACAGCGGGUUAACAUUGAAUUGACUGACCUAGAACGCGCCGAUGCAUUUUUUCGUGAGGAUCUGGCAACUGUAUCAGAAUUGAAAAAUAUUACAAAAGAACAACCUGGUUUGAUGGAAAUAAGAAAUGUUGGAUCAUGGAUUAUACAUCGUUGUUACAAUUGCUCGAUGUAUACUCAUGCAGUUCAUAGAGAAUAUGGUGCUGCUUUAGUCCUUGUUAAUAACAAUAUUCUUUUAUCUUCCGAAGACAUAAAUAAAUUGAAAUUCAAUCCGGAUUAUAGUCCAGUGUUUAGGAUAGUAAUCAAUCAUAGUUUAGAAGAUCUUGAUGAUUAUCUGCAACAGCCUAAUAAAUUUUCUGUUUCACAAUUACCUAGCACGGUUCAAAUGGCCCUAGAUGGAUUACAACGACAGCUGGAGGAAGCUGUACAACGUCAAACAACAGCGAUAGAAAAUAAAAUACGUGCGUUUACUGCAGAGCAGUAUCAACUGUUGGAACAAUUUCGUGAAAGAGCACACAACGAACAUAGGCUAUUAUCAAAACUAGUAUGUAAAGGAGAAGAAACAAAUAAGGUGACCAAUAAUAUAGAAACUCCACCAACGACUCCCGAUGGCUUUAAAAAUACCUUGACUACCUCUGCUGCAACUACAGUAAAUCCAAAGUCCAAUAUAAUAUUUAAUGACACAGAAGUGUCCAGUGGCCCAUACGUUAAACAGGAGACAACCAUCAAAGAUUCUUCUAAAAGCAAUAUUAACAAUGAAAGUUCGAGAAAAAAAGAUCCAUUGUAUAUUUGUAACAAGGAAUCAGCUAGCUUCGAUACAGAAGCGUUGUUUCCUUUUGAAGGAAUAGAGGAUAUAGAUGCAGCUGGCCAACAACUUAUGUGGUCUUCAGAAGAGGGAUCUGACACCGAUGAUUCAAGCCAAAACGAAGGGAUUCAUAUGCCAAGAGGUCAAAGGGAUAGUCAUUCCACGUUAGCUAAAUCAUUACCUGUCACCGUGCCUGUCUUCCCUUCUAUCGUUCGUCGUACGGUGCAGGACCAAGAUGAUGACCAGUUGCCAACUGAUCCAUUAGAUCCGCACAACAUUCGAGCUUCAAUUAAAGCCUUAGCUAAAAGCGUCCAUGGUGAUACGGUAUUUGGAGAUUUACCACGUCCGAGAUUUUCUACUCAGAUCUGAUUUACCAAGUGUGAUGAGAAAACUUCACUCAUCAUUUCUUAAUUUUUUGAUACAAUAUAUCAUAGUCUCUAUCAUCCGUCAUUUGUCUUUCAUAUAAAAGUUAAUGAGAGGUUUAUGUAUACUGGAAAUAAAUGUGGCCGGUUUUGCAGACAAGUA